AUGGGAAAGACAAUAUUUUCAUCUUGUUGCUACUUCAUGUGUCCUUCAAGAUCAUCAAUGGUUAACCUAAUAUUUCACGAUGGAUCGAAGAGGGUGGUCACCGGAAAAAGGCUAGCCGGAGAGAUAAUGUUCGAGUUCCCAGACUGCAUGGUUUGCCAUGCAGACUCAUUCUACAUCGGAAACCCUAUUCCCUCCUUAAACAUAGAUGAUAAGCUCAAAAAUGGCGAUACGUACUUCAUUCUCCCUCUAGAUUAUUUUCUAUCGUGUAACGUGCUCUCAGCUUCUACUCUAGCUACCCUGGGCUCAAACCCUAGACGGACUCCAGUCAACUUCAAGAACCCUAUUUUUCAAUACGUAAAGGCGGAAAAUGGUAGGGUUUUGAUAAAAGUGUCACAAGAGUUCAUAAUAAAGCUACUUACAAGAGGAAAUGAAGAUCAAGAAAAUAUUAUUACAAGUCCUAGUGAUGGUAAGUUUUUAUGUAAUACACCAGAAUUAAAGAAACAAUAUGAACAAUUAGUUGGUACAAAAGGGCAAAUUUGGUCACCUAAACUAGAGACUAUUUCUGAAUAUAAAAUUAGGUAUUCUCCUUGUAGGUUUAUAGGGUUUGAAUGGAAGCAAAAAUUAGAAGAAUGA